UGGGGCCUGGGCGCGCAGCUCCCGCGGGCCCGGCUCGCUCUGCGGGAAUGUGGGCUGGAGUGGUCCCGCUGCGGGGCCGAGGUGCAGCAAGCCACAGGGUCGAUCCGUAGCGCCAUGGCCUGCAUCCUCAAGAGGAAGUCUGUGCUUGCGGUGAGCUUCAUAGUCCUGUGCCUCUUGCUGCUAGCCAUGCGCCUUGUCAAUGACGUGAAUUUCCCUUCGCUACUGAACUGCUUUGGACGACCUGAAACCAAAUGGACCCCAUUGUCCUACACAUUCAGGCAGCCGCUUCGAACUCACUAUGGAUACAUAAAUGUGAGGACCCAAGAGCCUCUGCAGCUGGACUGUGGCCAUUGUGCCAUUGUGUCAAACUCGGGUCAGAUGGUUGGACAGAAGGCGGGAGAGGAGAUAGACCAGUCCUCCUGCAUUUGGAGAAUGAACAACGCCCCCACCAAGGGUUUUGAGGAAGAUGUGGGCCACGUGACGAUGGUUCGAGUUGUGUCACAUACCAGUGUUCCUCUUUUGCUAAAAAACCCUGACUAUUUUUUCAAGGAGGCAAGUGCUACCAUUUAUGUUAUUUGGGGCCCUUUCCGAAACAUGAGGAAGGAUGGAAAUGGCAUUGUGUACAACAUGUUAAAAAAGACCGUUGAUAACUAUCCAAAUGCACAGAUUUAUGUGACCACAGAGCAGCGGAUGAGUUACUGCGAUGGAGUUUUUAAGGAGGAAACUGGGAAAGACAGGGUGCAGUCUGGCUCCUAUCUCAGCACCGGGUGGUUUACCUUCAUCCUGGCCAUGGAUGCCUGUUACAGUAUCCACGUCUACGGGAUGAUAAACGACACCUACUGCAAGACAGAAGGGUAUAGAAAAGUCCCCUAUCAUUACUAUGAGCAAGGGAAGGAUGAGUGCAACGAGUAUCUUCUCCACGAACACGCCCCACACGGGGGGCACAGGUUCAUCACCGAGAAGACAGUGUUUGCCAAGUGGGCUGAGAAGCACAGAAUAGUCUUUACACACCCAAACUGGACGGUGUCCUGAUGCCAUGUUUCCCGAUGCUGACACUGCAGCUGUGCAGAUGAAGGGCGGGCAAGGAUGACCGUGACCAUCACGGUCCUGAACAUCCUCUGAUGUGGAUGCUGACUCUGCUAGUCAUCUGAACUUGGCGUUCCGUGCGAGGGGGUCCUGUUCAUUCUGUUCUUUCUGGUGGUUCAGCCCUACAUAUUGCACUUUAUAACUCACCUAGAAUCGAAGGCCAGUUUCACGACAGCUGUGACUAAAGAAAACAGGAAGAUUGUCUUUCAAGAUAGCUGCUCAGAAUUCCUUAACGGAAGCUUCCGGAAGAGACCGAUUUGGCCUCGUCAGGCAAGGUUACUGAGUGCUUGGGCAGCUCUACCACCUUGGAAAAUGGUUGGCUACCAAACACUGUCCCAAGUCAUUCUACCAGGGUGUAGAUAUCUUGCCACGGUUACUAGUUAGCCUGAGAGAGGGUAGGCAUCUCUUUCUGAUGUACCAUCUUCCUUCCAGAUGUCUCGGAGCUAAAGCCUCAGGCCGUCUACCUAAUGUAGCAGUGAAGGCUUCACGUAAUUCCUGUGUGUCAGGGUUACUGGACUACGGCAGACACUUGACUCAAAAAGUUUCACGUAGCAAACACUGAGAAGUUUUCACUCCCUGCUCCAAACAACACAACUAAACACGUUAGUACAAUUCCCUACACUAGCGGUUAGUGAUUCUUGGUUGAGUAUUAAAUACUAACGUGUUAGAUAUACAACUUCAACACUGUAAUAACAUAUACUGUGAACAUAACCAAAGGGUUUCCUCACUCCGCUUCAACACCCAAUACCACAAAAUGAUACGCUUUGUAAAAUCAUGAAACAGGGAAAGCAAAACAUAUUUUUGCAUUAAUUUGUAUCCUACCAUAUUCAUAAUAUAUAUUUUUAAACUCAAAUUUCUAUUUUGUAAGCCCAAGGUGUGUCUAUCCAUAUACAUUAUCAAUGCCAGGUGCCAAACAUUAGACAUGAAAGAUUCUUCAUAUCAUUGAAUCCAACCUGAGUUUUUGCCUUCGUGCGGUGGCUUGUCCCUUAGCACGCCGAUGUUCUGCUCUAACAGUGAACUGGUGAUGGGACAGGGAAACAGAUCCCAAGGUGCUUCAUCAUCUGAGUCCCUUCACACAUGCUGUACCACGUGACACCCAUGACCACCUCGCUGGACAUUCCGCCAUCUCCAGCAGCUGAUCCGCACUCUGUUAGCUGUGCUCAUGUGUCCCAGGUUGCUCCACUUUAGACUGUCUACAUAGAAUAGCAUUUAUGUAAAUGAGUAAAUGAUUGCGUUCUGUGCCAAAUAUAGCAUAGCAUACCAAGAUUAUGAAAAGUGGCCACAAGGAUGGUUGUGUCGUAGAUCAGUAGCCCUAUAAGCUUAGAUUUUUUUUUUUUUUUUUUUUUUUGGUCAUUGGCUUCGAGGUCCAGGCGGUGGGAAGAUGAGGGAUUGGGAACAAUGGAAGCAGAGAAAUAUAGUUUCCCGUCCCAGGCCCGAGGCAGCUUCAUCUCUGUAGACUUGGUGAUCCUUAGGUAUUAGAGGUUGAUUUUCUGAGACAGUACUAAGCAUCCACAAAUGUCUUGGCACAAUGAUUCAAAAGCCAGGCUGAGCUUAGUGUUUCAGAAGCUGGGAAUAACAAUACACCUCACCUGCAGAACCGUGGCAAGUCUUUCCUAGGACUGAGGAUCCUGUCCUGCCCUCUUCUGCUCUUUUAAAACCCCACCUUCACCACUGGAGAGAGGUUGAUGAUUCUUUUGUCAUUUGCAUUGUGAAUUUCAGUUCUGUGAAUGUUAGUUUUUUUAGAGUGGAUAGUGGAUUAAAAUGCCCACUUAAAGAAAAAUAAAUAAUACCCAUGCUAAAAUUCUAAUGUGAAUUGUUGUUUUUCCUCUAUUGUGAUACAGAAGUUCUGCUUUUAUAUAAAAGAACCCCUCAGUUAAUCAGAAUGCGUCCGGGAAUGGCAUGGCUGAUUUACGCCAUUGUCUGGUUAGUGGAGGCCCGCUCUAUGCUUGGUGCUUACUGAUGAGAAACUCCAGGGCUUCCUCUCCUUCUUCCUAUAGCUUUUCCUCAUGGGGACUUUGGCAAGACCCCCUUCCCUCACACUGUGUGGCAAAGGCAGGCUUUGGUAGAAUGGGGUGGCUCUCCCCUCUCCUCCCCUCCCUUUCUCCACUCUCCUCCUCCCUUACUCUCUUCUCCUCUCCCACAUCCCCUCCUCCCUCCUCCCUCCUCCUUCCUUCUUGUUUUCUCUCUGUAGGAAACAAAAAGCAUUUUAUGGAGACCCCGUUGAAUUCCUUUGCAAUCAGGGCUUUGACAGACUCCGGAUUUGCUUUUCUCUGUAGUAAUAAUUUUCUCUGCUUCCAUUUCCUGUUCCUUUCUUCCAGCCUCAGUUCUGAUAGAAAUGCAAAGUCUAAUCUCUCCCAUGUGGAGAAGUUUUCUGUCUUGGACUUGCUGAGAGAGGCAAAGGGGUGAUUCAAGGAGAGCAUCUGUCAUGCACAGUUCCAGUCAGUUCCGCAGGUUCUAGUCCACUGAAAGGUUAUCCACAUCCAAACACUAGGAAAGUUAAAUGACCUCACUGAGCACUGGUACACAGCUAUCCUAUAUAUUAAUGUUUGUGAAGAUAUGUUUUGGUAUCAUCUAAGGCACCAGGCGAAUGGUCUAUGGAAAAUGAAUAUAGAUGUCUGCAAUCAGCAUACACGCUUGCAGUUCACAAUCACAGGCCAGGUCUGGAAGGGUUCCGCAGGCCAGAGCACUUGCUGCGCUUCAGGACACCCAGCUUUGGUUCCCAGUGAUUCCCAGCACCCAUAUUAGGGAGUCACAACUGCCUGUAACUCCAGUUCCAGCUGACCCAGUGACCUCUUCUGGCCUCUGUGGCCACCCACAUACUCAAGAUAUACACACACAUACACACAUAUGCAUAUACAUAAAUAAAAGUAAUAAAAAUAAAUCUUUAAACCAUAUCAAUAAAAUGACUCCUAAUGACAUAUUACCAUGUCCAUAGAUCAUUAGCUCCUGAAUCUUCCCCAGAGCUUUUCUUUCAGCUAAUGGGAAUUAACACAGAGACCCACAACUGGACAGUGUGCGGAGAGUGAGACUUUGGAGCACUCAGUCCUAAGACAUAUUUUUAAGUAAAGUCAUAGAAUAGUAUUUCUAAUUUUUUGGAAAUCUUGAAAAACCAAGGGAAAAGUUAGAGGAUUUUAAAAUCCUUUGAAGUUAGCCUAUCUAUAAGUCAUAUUGAUGUGCAGUUGUAUGAUGAAAAAUGAUUUUGUAUUGGUGACAAAACUAUCAAAGACAAAAUGAUAAGUAAUUUGAGGUUAUGUUUGUAUAUAGAACAUGGAGUCCAUUUGCGAAUGUGAUAUAUGAACAGGUAUAUGCAUACAUAUAUACUUAUAACUAUAUGUGAAAGCAUACAUAUGAUUCUGUAUUCUUUGGCUAUGUGUGACUCACAGAAAACUCUAUUUUUGACUUUAUCUGAAAUCUGUUGGGUUUCAUUUUGAAUCCUGAUAAGAAAAAAAAAAAAAACUAACAUCCAAGGUAAAUGGACUGAUUGCUAAACAUAUAUAAGCCAUUUUCAGAUGGCUGGCCAGAGGAGCAAACCCAGAGAAGAUUCUAGAACUGGUGAUACAGUCAGUGGACAGCUGUCACCAAGUAGACAUGUAAGUAGAGCAGUCUGUGUCAGCAGACUCUGCCAUCCGCAGCUCAGAGAAAGUCACACUGAGGAACGCUGCAGCCCCCUUCAUGCGGCCAACAUGAACACUGGUCCUCCUGAGGCCGCUCUUGGGUUUUCAUGACUUCUGGUGCACAGCCAUAGUGCUGUGGCUGCUGUGGGGGAGGGGUCACUGUGCAAGGAGGCUGCUCUCUGAAGUCUGGGUGUGGACUGGAGACCUGCUGACCUCCACAGGAGGAUACAGCCCUCAGAAAGACUCCCUCAUGGCCUUCUUGGAAAAAGAGACAACACUUUUACUUCACCUGGUAGGAUUAAUUGGAUGUUAACUGUGAGAUCAGUUUAAUUCUGAGAAGCAAGAAGAUGUAAACGUAUGGUUUACAUUUUUUGUCUCACACAAGCACUGAAUAUGCCCUGUCAAGUGAAAGGCUCAACUGCAUUGUCCGGGGGCAGUUGGCAUACUGUAGGACAUGUGAAUCGCAAUCCCAAGACAAGGAAAGGGACUGACUCAUCCUUAACUGCAUUUCUAACUGGUGAGAGUUGACCAUUUGAUUCUGUUUGUGAAGGGAUCCCAUGACUUCAGGAGCCAGUGGUCAGCUUUCUAAGCAGACUGGAAUACAGAGACGAAAGCACCUCAAAAAGCAGCCAACCUCGCCCUGUAGCCUGCAGUCCAGGAACCAGAUUGAUGGAAGUGACGGCAGCUCAACCUUGACUGUAAGGCAGUCUGAUAACAGUCCUGACACCCCAGAUCUUGUCUCCUGUCUCUCUAAUGCACUUCCCAUUGUGUGCUUAGAAACACUGAGUAAUUACUGGGGGAAAUGCAUAUGUGGCUCACUAAAAGAAUCUACCGCAGGAAACCAAGGCUCCACUGGAAUGGGGCCGCUCCCUGUUCUGAACGGUACAGUUGUCUUGUACACCUCGGGGCAGCCCUCCAGUGCUGGCCUGUCUGCUCCAGCCUCCACAUGUGUUGUUAACACCAGCAGUGUUCUAGUGUCCUGAGAUGUUGAGACUCAUAUGGAGAACACAAAGGUGCAUUUCUUACUUCCUGUUUGUCACUGAGGGUGAUCAGGCCUUGGUAUCUGAGGAGCUGCUUGGUGAUGGAGACUACUUGCUAACCUGGAAGGCCCUCCCUGCUCUUGACUUGGACUCAGAGCAGAACAGUCCUCAUCCUCAAACCAGUUCAGCUGCAUGGGUUAGUACAUGUUUGCGGCCACAUAUACCAAUGUAUAUAAACACCCGAUGUGCCACAAGAUCUGAUCAGUAUGCACAACUUGAAAGUCCACUUCUAUGGUACUGUUACAAGUGGAGAAUUUUGAAACUAUGUGCAUCAAGCACUAUUCAAAUGGUUCCCGUGGCUCAGAAGUAGUGUUCUGUUUUGCUGUUGCCUUUGCUGACCAUAGAGACACCACCAGAAUAAAACUGCAUGUAAAUUGCAAAGCCAUUGAAACAGAGCUGUCCUUGGGCAUUGUAACAGCACAGAAAACCUCAUUUCGUUGUUUCUAAGUCCUUUACUUUUUUUCCUUUUCUUUUCAGAAUAGGCACAAAAUUGUUUUUGAGGUAGGAAAGUGCCUCUUUCUCUACAAAUAGGUCUCUUCUUGUUCAUGCAUUACAGACUGCGGUAAAACAGGAGCUCGUCUCCAUGAAGGUGAAGAGCGUUCGAUGAAUAAAUAGCCAAGUGCCACAUCCCAUAUUUGCUGACAUAUUGAGCAGUUUCUUCUAAGAAACUUCAAAGGGAUCGAAACCUGGACAUUGAUAGACCCUUGUUUCCCAGCCUGCCUCAAAGUGCUCAUUUCCUUGUGUUUAACGUCACUGUCACUGGCAUUGAGUAAAUACCAGUUCUGUUA